CCUGUGGGUCCGUUUCCGGUGUCCUGAAGGUUCUCGGGCUCCGCGCAGUGAGUUGCCCGCGUCGGAGGAAGUAGUCAGCGGGGGGUCAGAACCCGCAGCCAGUGUGGGGGUGACUUCGGGAAGCGCCCGAGGUGAGGGGGCCCGGUUAGCGGACUGGGUGUGUCGCGUUCGGAGCCUCCAGCCUGUGUGUGCGCUAGCGGCUGAGCAGGAUGGUGCGUGACAGGGCCGGGGUGUGCCUCCGUGAUGGUGUAUGCGAUUGGGAAUGUGUGCCCGGGUGAUGGGGUGCGUGGCCUUGUGGUUUUGCUUUGGCUGUGUGCUCUGGGUUCCCUCUAGACUUUCUCUGGGCCUGCCAAAGUUAAAUGCCCGCAAGAAAAGGGGUCCUACCCUAAGCCCUAGAGGGAACGUUUCACGCCAAGAAGGCAGAGGGCUAGUCUUGGGAUGAGAAUCGUACAUCCGGAAGUGUCCUCGUGACAUGCUUCUAGGAAGACGUGAUGGGGGAGGCCCCAGAGGUAAGGUUCGUAGAAGGGGCGCGCGUCUCGGAGCUCCUUGGGAGCCAGCUACAUGUUUCAGAGCAGCCAGACCUUCGUGCCCAGCAGCUGCUGUCAACUCAGAGACGGAUUGCAACCUUCCUUCCCUUCAAUUCCGUUGGGUUUUGUGUGGCUGAAGGUGAAUACGGCUCUAGGCGGUGUUUCGGUUUUCCUUUUUUGUUUUUUGUUUUAGUUAGGUCUGUGCUCCAAGAAAUGCUGGUGUCUCAUGAGUCUUUCGGUGUCCCCCUCCCGCACCCCCACCCCCACCCCCACCACUCCCACUGCUGCCGGGUUUCUAAGAAGGAUCCUGAGGAGGAGGGAAGAAUUGUUGCAUAUUUUGAAGUCAAGGAUCAGGAUUUGGAGUCAACAUAUGCAACCAAAAAUAAAAUUUCAGAAAAAGACAUUUUUGAAAUACAUUUUUCCCAAUGGGAGAGGACGGAAAGAAGUAAAACUCUUGGCCUUGAGGCAUUCAUUUUCAAAAAUAAUUCUAAGUGCAAAAGCAAAUUGGAGGGACUACAGGGACAUCAAGAGGCAUACUUUAGUCAAAUGAUAAUUAGCUAUGAAAAAAUGCCCACUUACAGAAAAAGCAAAUCUUUUAGUGCACAUCAAAGAAUUCAUAAUAGAGAGAAACGCUAUAUUUGUAAGGAAUGUGGGAAGGCUUGUAGUCAUGGGUCAAAACUUGUUCAACAUGAGAGAACUCAUAUGACUGAAAAACACUUUGAAUGUAGUGAAUGUGGGAAGGGCUUUUUUAGUGCCUAUCAACUUACUGUGCAUCAGAGAUUUCAUACUGGUGAGAAACCCUACGAAUGUAAGGAAUGUGGGAAGACCUUUAGUUGGGGAUCUAGUCUUGUUAAACAUGAAAGAAUCCAUACUGGUGAGAAACCCUAUGAAUGUAAAGAAUGCGGGAAGGCUUUCAGUCGUGGCUACCACCUCACUCAACAUCAGAAAAUUCAUAUUGGUGUGAAAUCUUACAAAUGUAAGGAAUGUGGGAAGGCCUUUUUUUGGGGCUCAAGCCUUGCUAAACAUGAGAUAAUUCAUACAGGUGAGAAACCUUAUAAAUGUAAAGAAUGUGGGAAGGCCUUCAGUCGUGGUUAUCAACUUACUCAGCAUCAGAAAAUUCAUACUGGCAAGAAGCCUUAUGAAUGUAAAGUAUGUGGAAAGGCUUUUUGUUGGGGCUAUCAACUUACUCGACAUCAGGUAUUUCAUACUGGCAAGAAACCCUAUGAAUGUAAGGAAUGUGGGAAGACCUUUAAUUGUGGCUCAAGUCUUAUUCAACAUGAGAGAAUCCAUACUGGCGAGAAACCUUAUGGAUGUAGAGAAUGUGGGAAGGCCUUCAGUCGUGGCUAUCACCUCACUCAACAUCAGAAAAUCCAUACUGGUGAAAAACCUUUUGAAUGUAAGGAAUGUGGGAAGGCUUUUAGUUGGGGUUCAAGCCUUGUUAAACAUGAGAGAAUCCAUACUGGUGAGAAGUCCUAUGAAUGUAAAGAAUGUGGGAAGGCCUUUGGUAGUAGCUAUCAACUUACUCGACAUCAGAUAUUUCAUACUGGUGAGAAGCCCUAUGAAUGUAAGGAAUGUGGGAAGACCUUUAAUUGUGGCUCAAGUCUUGUUCAACAUGAGAGAAUCCAUACUGGCGAGAAACCUUAUGAAUGUAAAGAAUGUGGGAAGGCUUUCAGUCGUGGCUAUCACCUUACGCAACAUCAGAAAAUCCAUACUGGUGAGAAACCUUUUAAGUGUAAGGAAUGUGGGAAGGCCUUUAGUUGGGCUUCAAGCCUUGUUAAACAUGAGAGAAUCCAUACUGGUGAGAAGUCCUAUGAAUGUAAGCAAUGUGGGAAGGCCUUUGGUAGUGGCUAUCAACUUACUGUUCAUCAGAGAUUUCAUGCUGGUGAGAACCCUUAUCAAUGUAAGGAAUUUGGGAAGACCUUUGUUAAUGGCUCAAACCUUGUUCAACAUGAGAGAACUCAUAGUAAUGAUAAACCUUAUGAAUAUAAAGAAUGUGGGGAAGCCUUUAUAUGGACAACUUAAAUGAGACAAUUGAUACUGAUGAAACUUUAUGAUUGAAGAGAUGUGAACACAUUUUUUAUGUGUACGAACAAUACAAGGAGAAUCUUACUCUUGAGAAAACUUAUAAAUGUAGCGAAUGUGUAAAACCCUUA